AUGAAGUAAGAGAGAGGGAGAGUAGAGCCGCCUCUCGUCUCGGGUCUUUGGGGUUGCGUACUCCCCCUCCCUUUUGGCGCCCUCUUUCUCUCUCUCUGCCCUUUUUAUUCACACAGCGCGAUUCAUGUCAUUUUGGCGCUCUUGACUCUCUCUCUAGGAAGACUUACUCUGGUGUUCACUCUCUCUCUCCUCUGUCCUCUCCAAUGGCGUCUGAACAGGAGUUGCAGGCAAUCAAGGGCGCCAAAGUUUUAAUGGUUGGAGCUGGUGGCAUUGGUUGCGAGCUUCUCAAGACUCUUGCCCUAUCUGGGUUUGAAGAUAUUCAUAUCAUUGACAUGGAUACAAUUGAAGUGAGCAACUUGAACAGGCAGUUUUUGUUUCGCCAAUGUCAUGUUGGGCAGUCGAAGGCCAAGGUCGCACGUGAAGCAGUAUUGAAAUUUAGGCCCAACAUAAAUAUUACUGCACACCAUGCGAAUGUCAAGAAUUCUGAGUUCAAUGUAGAUUUCUUCAAGCAAUUCAAUGUGGUUCUAAAUGGCCUUGAUAACUUGGACGCAAGGAGGCAUGUCAAUCGGUUGUGCUUGGCUGCUGGUGUUCCGUUAGUUGAAAGUGGAACUACUGGAUUCUUGGGCCAGGUGACUGUUCAUGUUAAGGGUCAGACAGAGUGCUAUGAAUGCCAACCGAAACCUACUCCCAAGACAUAUCCAGUCUGCACUAUUACUAGUACUCCAACAAAGUUUGUGCAUUGUAUUGUCUGGGCAAAGGAUCUCCUCUUUGCCAAGUUGUUUGGAGAUAGAACGCAAGAUAAUGAUCUCAAUGUGCACUCAGCGGAUGCUACAAAUUCGUCAAAAAAUAAUGAAGAUAUAUCUGUCCAACGAGAUGAUGAAGAUUGUGAGAAAUAUGGAAAAAGAAUAUACGAUCAUGUGUUUGGAUAUAACAUUGAUUUGGCUCUCUCUAAUGAAGAAACCUGGAAAAACAGAAAUAAACCAAAGCCAAUAUAUAUUAAAGAUGUCCUGCCUGAGCCAGGCAUGCAUCAAAAUGGCACAAAUAAUACACUGGACAUAACGGAUAAAUCAUCACUUUCAGCAAUGCAUUCUUUGGGGCUCAUGAAUCCACAAGAUACUUGGACUCUUGCUGAGAACAGCAAGGUUUUCUUGGAGGCUCUGUCAUUGUUUCUUAAGAAGCGAGAGAAGGAUAUUGGGAGCCUCAGCUUUGAUAAAGAUGACCAACUAUCUGUAGAGUUUGUUACUGCUGCUGCUAAUGUCAGGGCUGCUUCAUUUGGCAUUCCCAUGCACAGCCUUUUUGAAUCAAAAGGAAUUGCUGGUAACAUCGUACAUGCUAUUGCCACAACGAAUGCAGUUAUUGCUGGCUUGAUUGUGAUUGAAGCAAUUAAGGUGCUGAAAAAUGCUGCUAACAGCUUUAGAAUGACAUACUGUGUGGAGCAUCCCUUGAAAAAGAUGCUUCUAAUGCCAGUAGAGCCAUUUGAGCCUAAUAAAUCCUGUUACGUAUGUUCCGAGAUGCCCCUCACACUAGAGGUCAAUACCCAUAAGACAAAGCUUCGGGAGAUUGUUGAGAAAAUUGUGAAAAAUAAGCUUGGGGUAAAUUUGCCGAUCAUUAUGCAUGGGUCUACCUUGAUAUUUGAGACUGGUGAUGAUCUAGAAGAAGAUAUGGUUGCCAAUUAUGCCCUCAAUCUUGAGAAGGCACUAUGUGACCUUCCUUCUCCAGUCACUAGUGGGACAGUCCUUACUGUUGAAGAUUUUCAGCAAGAAUUCACAUGCAGUAUCAACAUCACACACAGAGAAGAAUUUGAUGAUGAGAAGGAACCCGAAGGAAUGGUGCUCUUAGGACUGACACCUGAUCUAUAUGAGAAACCGUCUAAAGUUGCUACAACUGAGGAAAGCACAUCCAUGGCGCCCCAAGAAAAACCAGCCACUGUAUCCGAUUCUGAUGAUGAGAUAGAAAUUGUUGUACUCGAAGAGUCUAACCGCUUUGCAGGGUCUAAGAGGAAGUUGGUUGAGACAUCAAUCACAAAUAGUCAUGAUCCCAAGGGAAAAGAUGGCAUCAAUGUGGCAAAUGAUGUGGGAAAAUUGGAUGAUGGUCAUGACGAUGAAGUGGUCGUUAUGAAAGCUUGUAACGAGGAUGUUAGGAAAAAAGCAAAGUUGGUGUAAAACAUCUGGUGGAGUCAUGAACUGAUGAACAUGUAUCUGUCCAUGCUAAUUUUGUAAAGUAGUUGGGGCAUUCUUUCGCCCUUGAGUUCUUGGAUCCAGGAAAAAUCAACCUUCGACUGUAAAUGAUGAAGGGAGAAGUUCAUUUUGGGGUGAGGUUGAUCGACAAACUGACGUAGUCUCUGUAAUUUAAGUCUAAAGAGUUACAUUGCAAUGAAUUAUUCAGUCAUUUAUCAGUUUUGGAAUCAAUGGGGAUUGAUACAUAUGUAAAGAGAUGUCCAUCCCUUUGAGUGAAAGCCCUCUGUGGUUUCCGGUUUGUACUCUCUCUCUCUCUCUCGCCCUCUCUGUUAAAUGCAUUAAAUGCAUGUUUGUACUAUCUCUCUCUCGCUCUCUCUGUAUAAUAAGCAAAAAGCACCAAAUCCAGGUGUUUUUGGAUGAUCUA